AUGAGAUCAUUUCUAUACGAUUGUGUUUUAAUUAUUUCAAUAUCAUUAACAAUUGCUAUUCAAUUGGAUGGUGAUUGUACAAGUGAUACACAAUGUGAAGGAUCUAAUAUUGUUUGUCGAGAUAGAAAAUGUCAAUGUAAUUAUCCAGCAUAUACACCAUGUAAAUCAACAUGUGAAAUAAAUCGUCGUUAUGCAUAUGAAGGAGAAAAUUGUGAAGUAAACGAAAAUUGUAUAGACAAUGCAAUUUGUUCGGAAAAAAAAUGUACAUGCAGACCAGAUUUUCCAGCUAGAAAUGGACUUUGUUUGAAAAAUUUGAAUGUUGUUUGUACAAAUCCUACAGAAUGUUGGUCACAAUAUUGUUUGAAUUCACGAUGUCAAUGUGCACCUGGUUAUGAGCCUUCUAGCAAUCAAAUAGAUUGUAAACGAAAAUUAGUUAACAUUUUUAAUACUUGGUCUGAUGCAAAUGUACAAGGAGCAAUUUGUUAUGAUGAUAAUUCAUGUAUUGAUAUUAUUGCAAACUGUAUUCCUAUUUCACCAAAUUCAACAAAUAAAUUUUGUAGAUGUCCAAUUGGAUAUAAUGUUAUAGAUAAUAAUACACGAUGUGAACCAAUUCGUAGUACAUUAUUAUCACCAUUAGAUUCAUUAAUAUCUAAUUAUAGUACAUGUGGUGUAUGUGAAGAUAUUAAUGCAUUAUGUAUAAAAGCUGCUGAUCAAAUAACAUGUUGGUGUCGUUUUGGUUAUAUUAAACAAAAUAAUCAAUGUGUACGAGAACAAAAUAGAAAACCUUUGAUUAUAUAUCCAAAUUCAAUUGAUCUUAAUUUACAUAAUUUUGCAGAUGGUUGUACAAAUGAAAAUAAUGAUACAAAUGAAAUUAAUAAUAAUUUAUGUGUAUGUGCUUCAGGUUAUGAAUUUGUUACUAGAUAUCAAUCAUGUGUUAAGAUUCAACGUAAUUGGCAAGAUGAUAUCUAUGAAUAUGGUCUUUGUACUCGUAUUAAUCCUCAAGAACUAGCGAUAGGUGUUAAUGGUUUAUGUCCUGAACCAUUAAUAUGUGAAGAACGAAGAGAUAAACAUAUUUGUUCAUGUGGUAAAGACAAAUUUCGAGAUUUAGAUGAUCCAAGUCAAUGUGUAUAUUAUAUUGGUAAGACAACAAAUUCAACUAAUGACAAAUGUCCAACAAAAAAUGCUAUACGAAAUACUACAAAUGGUAUAUGUCAAUGUCUUACAGGAUAUAAAGCAAUUAAUAAUAAUCGUCAAUGUGAAAUAAAAUUAUCAUCUUCAAAUCUUGCAUCAUCAUGCAAUGCAAGUCAAUUAGAUAAUACAAUAUGUCAAAAUUUAUUUGGUAUAUCUGCAGCAUUUUGUACUAUUGGUGAAUGUUAUUGUGCAGGAAAUCAAAGUUUACCAAAUAAUGCUCAAACUCGUUGCUAUGCACGAUUAAAUCGUUCUCUUAUUUCACCUAUUGAAAGGUGUCCACCAGAAUCCGUUCUAAAAGAUAAUCAUUGUGAAUGUCUAGUUGGUUAUCGUCCAUCGAAUGAUUUUCGAGAAUGUGUUCGUUUACAAUUACAAUUAGUUGAAUAUUUAGGACCUUUAACAAAUGCAACUGGUCAAUUGACUAUAGAAGAUUGUCGAGCUUUAUUUACAGGACCUGUUGAAUUCCAUACAACUGGCCGUUGUCAAUGUACAUCUAUAGCAUUUAGAAAUGAUAAUAAUACUGGAUGUUGGUAUCUACUUAAUGUUAUAUUGCCAAACGCAAGAGAAUCUCUAUUCUGUCCCCCAAAUAGUGUUACUGGACUAUCACAAAUGUGUGAAUGUACUAUUGGUUAUACAAGAAAUAAUAAUAAAUGUGUGCCUAAAACGAAUCAACUCUACAUUGAUAAUGAUCCUAUGGCACCAAAUAUAACCAGUUUAACUCUAGUUGAUUGUAUAAAAUUGUUCGGCACUGGUUCAACAAUAUCAAACUAUGGAAGUUAUUGUAUUUGUAAACCUUAUGCAUUUGCUAUUAAUAGCAAUUCACAUUGUCAUUUUCUAAUUAAUCAAAAUAGUAGUGAUCUUAAAGGUUCUAACGAUUGUCCAGCAAAUGCAUUUGUCUCUCCACAGAGCCCACCAUCGGCAUGUGUCUGUAAUCUAGGUUAUCAUGUGUCAUCUGAUAAUCGAACAUGCAGAACAGCCGAUAUUGCUUUGAUUGGUACUGCUAAUGUUGAUUCAUCUUCGACAACGAAUUGUAUCAUUUUUACAAAUGAUGAUUGUAUUGCUAAAUUUGGAGGACAGGCUUUUUGUCAAAAUGAAACAUGUUUUUGUAAUCGUCGUUCCAGUUUUAGUAAUUCAAUGGGUCGAUGUGAAUCAUUUUCAAACUAUAUAUUUCCUGGUAUACAUGAACGUCAUUCAUAUUCUUGUAAUACAGAAGCAGAUUGUAAUAAUCAAGUAAAUGUAAUAUGUGAUUAUUUAAAUGAUGAUUCUCAAUAUAAAGUAUGUCAAUGUAAAAAUGGAACAUUAUUAGAACCAAGAUCACAAACAUGCAUUGCAAAUCGAUGUCCAAGAAAUUGUCAAACAAAUUUGAAUUUUGUAUGUCGUAAUUAUGAAUGUGUAUGUAGAGAUGGAUAUUAUCAAAUUGGUUCUCAAUGUGUUAGAAUUCCAUAUCAACUUCAAUUAAAUCGACCAUGUAAUCAAUCAGUUCUAUGGCAAUAUGUUCUUAAUACUGCUAAUAAUUCACUUGAAUGUGAUGCAGUAUGUGAUCGUGCUCGAUGUCAAUUUGGUUAUCGAGUUGAACAAUCUCGAUGUGUUCCUUAUCAAUGGGAAAAUACAAAAUGUGUAUAUAAUGAAAAUAUUUGUCAAACUAUUGAUGAAAAUUCAAUAUGUAAUAGAAAUGAAAAUAGAUGUUCAUGUCGAUCAACAUAUUAUUUUAAUAAUAAUAGAUGUGUUCCAGCAUUUGGUUCAAUAUGUCGAAAUAGUGAAGAAUGUGGUUCGGAUAUGAUAUGUAAUAACUAUCGAUGUAUAUGUAAAGGUAGACAAGAAAUACAAGAAAUAUGUGACAUAGAUGGUCGACCAAUAAAACGUUGUUUUAAUGGUAUUGAUCAAAUACGAUAUAGUUCGAUUUUAUUAUUAUUUUUUAUAAUGAUUCAAAUACUUUUCAUCUAA